GAGACGCCCGGGGCAGCUGCUGCAGCAGUAAAGUGGCGGCGCCUUCACCGCUGCCCGGCUCGGACCUAGUCGGGAGGGGCGCGAGGGAUGCAGCUGGGGGCCCAGCUCCGGUGCAGCACCCCGAGAAGGGCUGGUCUUCCACCUCCCACCUCAACCACGGGACGCCAAGACUGCAGCCAGCUCAGGUCUCUUCUGGUGCUUGUGAAACUGACCACCACAAAAGUAUGGAUAUGGGAAACCAACAUCCUUCUAUUAGCAGGCUUCAGGAAAUCCAAAAGGAAGUAAAAAGUGUAGAACAGCAAGUCGUCGGCUUCAGUGGUCUGUCCGAUGACAAGAAUUACAAGAAACUGGAGCGGAUUCUCACAAAACAACUUUUUGAAAUAGACUCUGUAGAUACUGAAGGAAAAGGAGAUAUUCAGCAAGCCAGGAAGAGGGCGGCACAGGAGACGGAACGUCUUCUCAAAGAGCUGGAGCAGAAUGCAAACCACCCACACAGGAUUGAAAUACAGAGCAUUUUUGAGGAAGCCCAGUCCCUUGUGAGAGAGAAAAUUGUGCCAUUUUAUAAUGGCGGCAACUGCAUAACUGAUGAGUUCGAAGAAGGCAUCCAGGACAUCAUUCUGAGGCUGACACAUGUUAAAACUGGAGGAAAGAUCUCCUUGCGGAAAGCAAGGUAUCACACUUUAACCAAAAUCUGUGCAGUGCAAGAGAUUAUCGAAGACUGCAUGAAAAAGCAGCCUUCCCUGCCGCUGUCUGAGGAUGCACACCCUUCUGUUGCCAAAAUCAACUCUGUGAUGUGUGAGGUGAACAAGGCCCGAGGGGUCCUGAUUGCGCUUCUGAUGGGUGUGAACAGCAGCGAGACCUGCAGGCACUUAUCCUGUGUGCUGUCCGGGCUGAUGGCCGACCUGGAUGCUCUGGAUGUGUGCGGCCGGACAGAAAUCAGAAAUUACCGGAGGGAGGUAGUGGAAGAUAUUAACAAAUUAUUGAAAUACCUGGAUUUAGAAGAGGAAGCAGACACUACUAGAGCAUUUGACCUGAGGCAGAAUCAUUCCAUUUUAAAAAUAGAAAAGGUCCUCAAGAGAAUGAGAGAAAUAAAAAAUGAACUCCUCCAAGCGCAGAACCCCCCUGAGUUGUAUCUGAGCUCCAAAACAGAAUUGCAGGGUUUGAUUGGACAGUUGGAUGAGGUAAGUCUUGAAAAGAACCCCUGCAUCCGAGAGGCCAGGAGAAGAGCAGUGAUAGAAGUGCAAACUCUGAUCACGUACAUUGACUUGAAGGAGGCCCUUGAGAAAAGAAAGCUGAUUGCUUGUGAGGAGCACCCAUCCCAUAAAGCCGUCUGGAACGUCCUUGGAAACUUGUCCGAGAUCCAGGGAGAAGUGCUUUCGUUUGAUGGGAAUCGAACCGAUAAGAACUACAUCCGGCUGGAAGAGCUGCUCACCAAGCAGCUGCUGGCCCUGGAUGCUGUCGACCCGCAGGGAGAGGAGAAGUGUAAGGCUGCCCGGAAACAGGCUGUGAAGCUUGCCCAGAAUAUUCUCAGCCAUCUCGACCUGAAAUCCGAUGAAUGGGAGUACUAAAAUACCAGACUUCUCACCUCUGAUACUGUUUUGCACUUCAUAUAUACUUCUAUGUAUAGAGAGCUUCUAGUGCAUUGCGCCCAAAUGUGAUUUAUACCUGCAUAUUUCAGUCUCAGUAUUUAUGAUUCAAGCAACUUCUGUUCGGCAUCUGCUGCUUUUGAUGUUGCAAGACAAAUAUCAUUACGACACGUUCACUUUUCCAUUGAGACCGCUGUCUGUAUGCCGUGGUGUGGUUUGUUUGGUUUGUCCGUGUGUGUGUGUGUUUAAUCAGAAAAUGAAAUAGAGGUGGCUUUUGUGAAUUUUAAAUGGGUUGUGCGAGCAUUAAAUGCAGGUAUUUCACAGUCUAGAAAUAGGCAUAACCUUACAUAAUACUAGGAGAAUUGUGAGAAGGGGGAAAUUUUGGGUUAAAUAGGAGUGAGGUUCAAACACAAGCAGUACAUGUUCUGUUUCACUGUGCUCGACAGAAAUUUUUUUUCGGUUUUAAGGCCUGAUUGGUCCUACUCAGCUUAAUGGGGUGGGGUUUUUUUUGGUUCGUUCAGACAGUCCAUGCUUUUGAAAACAUUUUUACUUGGAAAAACAGCAUCUGUAUUUUCCCCAUACUCUACAUUUUAGAGAGGGGAAUAAUCUUGUUUUUGUGUGCAACAUGAAAAUUAUGAAAACUAAUAGCCAAAAAACCUCUGAGAUUGCAUUAAAGAGAAGGGAUAAAGGACCAGCUAUAAAUACCUUGUAAAUUUUUUUUUAAUAUCAGAGCUUAUUGUUUUUCUUAGUAAUUCAUAAGGACGGGAACAUUUAAGUGAAGUUAAUGGAGCUUUUAAAAAAAAGAAAAAGGAAGCACCCGUACCUGUAGUUGGAGGAUGGAAACGAGAUUGGUCACCAAUGUCAGGUUAUAUUAAAACCAAGCCGAAAAGGCCUGAAUGUAGCAUGUCAUGGCUCUCUUGUGUUGUCGUCCAAGGCUGUAAGAUGGACAGCCCUGUCACGCCUCCCCAGUGCUGUCAGUAACCCAGAAGGACCACGCCUUCCUGUUUUCCUAGGCAGUCAGCUUUUAACCACUCCCGUAGUAAACAUCGUAAAGAUCACCUGCUCCAGGACCAGUUAGAGAAACCUGGGAAUUAAAGGCUUGCUCUGGGUGCCUGCCAAACAGCUGAGCUCAUGUUAGGGGCAUGUGGUGGUUUCUCUGUUGCCUGAAAGAGCCAUGAAAGUCAAUCGUGCAUGAAGUGUCUCUUUUCUGCUAAAGGAUGUGCAUUUCCAUAAAUCCUUUCUGAGGAUCCAACGCAAAAUAAUUCCCCAAAGUUCUGAAGUGCCUUGAACCUGUUGGUCCCAGUGUUACCACAGAUUCUUUCACCAGGGUCACCUUUCGCCUAGUCAUCUUAUUACAGCACCUCUUUGGAACUCCACGGUAUUAUCACUCACUUUCAGAGAUGCUCAUUUUGUAACUUUGUGUAGGGAAAUUACCACUUUAAACAGCUGAAAGUAUGAUAGCUAAGGGAGUAGCCUUGGUCGGUGGAGGUGGCUCGUACCUGUAAUCCCAGCACUUUGGGAGGCUGAGGCGGGUGGAUCACAAGGUCAGGAGUUCAAGACCAGCCUCGCCAAUAUGGUGAAACCCAUCUCUACUAAAAAUACAAAAAUUAGCUAGGGGUGGUGGUGCAUACCUGUAGCCCCCAGCUGCUGGGGACGCUGAGGCAGGAGAAUCGCUUGAACCCGGCAGGUGGAGGUGAACCAAUAUCAAGCUAUUGCACUCCAGCCUGGGUGACAGAGUGACUCCAUCUCAAAAGGAGUAGUCUUUAAGCGUAGCCCUUAACAAAUCUUCACUCUGUCUCUCAGUACUGCCCAUUCAUUAAAAUCCCUUGAUAGGUCUUUCCUACUAGAAAUAUCCUAGAACCACUGGAUGGUGGGGCGAGAGGGCAGUGAGCCUCCCACAGUCCUGUAGGCCCAACACCUGGCAACCGUGGGCUCAAGGCAGGUCACUGGAAUCCACAUUUUGGCCAGAGUAGUUUUAACAUUGCUUUUCUGUAUCAUAAUUUUAGAAUUCUCUUAAAAUCUUAAGGAAGAGUUUUAAAAUUAGAGCUUUGUUUAAUUAUACCACCAGGAAAUCGUGGUUACACGUGAGACACGUCCUUCACCAGCGUACCACUUACAUUUUAAAUUCCAUUUUGUGAAGUUAAAUGUCAGCAUUCCCUUUAAAAGUGCCCGUCGUUCUUUGAAGGUAGAUGUCACCAUCAUUCUUUUCAAACAAAAGCGUUUGUGUCCCUUUUGCCAAGCUCUGGGCAUGGUGUGUGAGUACAGGGCGUCAGCUCUUCCACGGUCAUUUUGAAUUGUUCACGGGUUAUUUUGGUCAUGGAAAUGAUCAGAUUGACCUGGAGUGACUGUGAGGCAUGGCUUUGCUUCUGCUUUCAAUCUGUGCUAGUCCCUUGUACCGGCUUAUUCUCCCGCAGUGAACCCUGGUGACACUGACGCAGCGCUUCACCGCCCUCAUGGGGAGCUGUUUGUGCUAAUAACGGGCUACUGCAUGUAAUUCUUCAGCUGGGCUCGUCACAUUGUAUUCCAUUUUUGUGAUCUUACAUGAAAAGAAUCUGUACUGCAAGUAAAACCUACUCCCCAAAAAUGUGCGGCCUUGGGUCUGCAUUAAACACUAUAAUCCGUGAUCAUGCAAAACGUGGCUGGGAACGCUUGCCUUCUUUACGUUCUGUCAGCCUUGCUUUAUCCACAUAGAGGAGAGCCAGUCAGCCUGCAGCGAAACAGUUACUAAAAUCACCGUAGUAUGUCUACAAAGUAUAGUUUAGUGCUUCAUGUUGCUAAAAUGUAUAUAUUUGAUAUACUUCAGUUUGAGAAGGUUAGUUUUUAUUAUUUGUUUUUGUCAAUUUCUUUUUCUUUUUUUUUUUGAGACGGAGUUUCACUCGUUACCCAGGCUGGAGUGCAAUGGCGCGAUCUCGGCUCACCGCAACCUCCGUCUCCUGGGUUCAGGCAAUUCUCCUGCCUCAGCCUCCUGAGUAGCUGGGAUUAUAGGCACGCGCCACCAUGCCCAGCUAAUUUUUUUUUUUUUUUGUAUUUUUAGUAGAGACGGGGUUUCACCACAUUGACCAGGAUGGUCUCGAUCUGUUGACCUCGUGAUCCACCCGCCUCGGCCUCCCAAAGUGCUGGGAUUACAGGCUUGAGCCACCGUGCCCAGCUGUUUUUGUCAAUUUCUAUCUGAUUUUUAAGGGUCUGAUCUUAGCUUAUACAUGUAAGUUUUGGGGGUUUUUUUGAGCAAAGCUUUUUGGCUUUUAAUUUGUUGGGAAUUUUUCUCUUAAUAACUAGAGAAAUAUUGGCUGUAAUACAGGUGCGUGUUUCCAGUACCUUGGUUCCUGUCCCCUCUGUCAACUCUGACAAUCGGAACAGUAUGUCUUCAAUAAUUCAGUGUUAUUUUGAGAUACACAUAUUAGUACACUCUUAGUUAUUCUUGAAAUAAAGCCAGUCUCUUAGGCUUACAGUGGA